AGGGACAGAGUGGAUCUGUGCACACUUUGCAGGCAAUGAGCACCCAGGGCUGGCUCCCUGCGCAGCAUGAGGAGAGGCAAAGUGAUGGUCCUGGCUACCUGUCUGGGAUCCUUCAUAUUGAUUAUCUUCUACUUCCAGAGCAGCUUGAGCUCAGAUGAGGAUCAUUUUUCUGUGGGCCAUUGGAAUGGGAAGCCAAGACGAAACCCCUUGCAAGCGCUGUACGACAGCGAACAGUUUGAGCCUUCUUCAAUCCAAGCUAAACACCAGAAGCGUCGGGAGCUGCUGGGCAGCGCCUGCAAGGUCUACACCAGAAAACGGCGCGUCCUCACCGCCGAUGACCUAAAACACCUAAUUGUGGAUGACGCGCAUGGGUUGCUGUAUUGUUAUGUUCCGAAGGUGGCAUGCACCAACUGGAAGAGGGUUAUGAUGGUCCUCACCAGCCAAGGAAAGUAUAAGGAUCCUGCGCUCAUUCCAGCCAACGAGGCCCACAUUGCAACUAACCUUCGCACCCUCUCAGAGUUCAGCACCUCAGAGAUCAAUUACCGGCUCCGGAACUACCUCAAGUUCAUCUUCGUAAGGGAGCCUUUCGAGAGGCUGGUCUCUGCCUACAGGAACAAAUUUACUCGCACGUACAACACGGCCUUUCACAAGCGAUACGGCACCAAGAUAAUAGAGCGCCAUCGCAGAGACCCUUCUCUUGAAGCACUUGAACAUGGAGACGAUGUCACCUUUGAGGAAUUCCUCUAUUACUUGGUAGACCCCCAGACCCAACGAGAAGAGCCAUUCAAUGAGCACUGGGAGCGAGUCCAUUCCUUGUGCCACCCGUGUAUUGUCCAGUAUGACAUAGUGGGCAAAUACGAGACUCUAGAAGAGGACGCCAACUACCUCCUGCAGCUGAUGGGGGUAGGAGAUUACAUUAAGUUCCCAUCUUCUUCCAAGACCAAGCGGACCACCGAUGGGAUGGCAGCAGAGUUCUUUAAGGGCAUCCAGCGCUUCUACCAACGGCGUCUCUUCAACCUCUACAAGAUGGACUUCUUGCUCUUCAAUUACAGUAUUCCACAUUACUUGCAGAUACAUUAAGCGCGGGAGGAGGAAGGUGCAGGGGCCUGGAGCUCUCUAGCACUUGAAAUAAUACGAUGGAGCCAAACUUUAUUUAUUGUGACGUAAAACUUUUUUUCAAGUGUUUUUGCCUUGGCUGUGAACGCAGAGAAGACUGUGCCAGCGCUAUAUAUUUUUCUAGUCAACCUUUCCUAGAAACCAGGACUUGAAUGCUGUAGUGUUAAGUAGUCGUCGCCUUCUCCGUCGGCAAGAUGAGGCUGCAGGAAUCGGCCAUUUUGCUCUACGGUGGGCAGCACAAGUGCUUAUCAGUUGGGAGUGUUUUUUUUUAUUAUUAUUAUUAUUUGGGUCACCCCCCCCCCCCCCCAUGCCACCUGCAUAACACUUAAAGACAAUGAGCAAAGAUUUUUCAUGAUGGAUGGAUUUCCAAAUGUCUAUCUUUAACUAUGUCGUCACUGGUGGCUUUGUUUAGUUUUUAUGACCACCUGUGGCCCUCAGUUAUUGAAACUAACUGUAACCCGGUCUCUGUUGCCCAAAGCAACCAAUCAGAGCUCAGCUUUCGAUUUUCCAGAGCAUUUAAGAAAUGAAAGCUGGGCUGAUUAGCUGCUGUGGGAAACAGGAUUAUUUUCCUAUUAGGCCCUCCUUUACGAGGACGGCCUCCGUUUUUUGGGUUCUUCCGGCUUUGCUUUUUUGCUUUAUAUUUAAAAAAAACAACAACUAUGCAGGGCCCUCUACGAGCCUAUGUUUCCACGGUAACAGACACCAAACACUCUGUGUAGUCCGACUCUGCAGUAAUGCUUCCUUCCAAGGACCCCUUAAUUCUUACAAACCUACAUUCACGUAAUAUAUAUCAUUUUUAUUUAUUUUAUUUUUUUUAUAAAAUUUCUACAGCUAC